AUGGAGGGUGAUGACCAGUUGGACGAGUUUGACGAGGCUGCUGGUGCCGGGAGCGCCGGGGCCGAGGAGGUGCCUAUCGAUGACUACAAGCCGAUCACGUCGCUCUCGUCGUCAGUGAUCAUUUACGAGUCGUUUGACGGCGAGUGGGACGAUCACUGGAUCCACUCGGCAACCGACGGUUACGAGGGCAAGUUCAAGGUGCUCGAGGCGCUGCAUCUCGAGGGCGUGCGCGGCGACGUCCAGCUGACAAUGCCCGAGCUGGCGAAGCGGUACGGCCUCUUUCAGCGGUUCGGCGCCCCGGUCGAGUUCUCGGGCGAGGCUGCAGUUCCGGCGCUAGUUGUUCAGUACGAGGUCCAGCUGCAGGAGGGUCUCUCGUGCGGCGGAGCGUACGUCAAGCUCAUCUCGGCCGGCGAGGUUGCGGACGAGUUUGACGGGACCGAGCUCGACGGCGAGACGCCGUACUCAAUCAUGUUCGGCCCUGACAAGUGUGGCACCGAGUCCAAGGUGCACUUUAUCUUCCGGCACAAGAACCCGAAGACCGGGGUGUGGGAGGAGAAGCACAUGACCGAUCGCCCGCUGGUCCGGGUCGACGAGGCCACGCACGCGUACACGCUCGUUGUCCGCAGCGACAACUCAUUCGAGCUCCUCAUCGACGGUGAGUCGGUCCGCUCCGGCUCGCUGCUCUCGUCCGACGACUUUGACCCGCCCAUGCAGCUGCCCGAGGUCAUCGACGACCCAACCGACUCCAAGCCCGCCGACUGGGUCGACGCCGAGACCAUCGACGACCCCGAGGCCGAGCGUCCGGCCUGGGCCGACGCCGAGCCGUUCAUUGCCGAUCCCGACGAUGUCAAGCCCGACGGAUGGCUCGACGACGGGCCCGAGAUGGUGCCGGACCCCGAGGCCGAGAUGCCUGCCGACUGGGACGAGGAGGAGGACGGCGAGUGGGUGGCACCGCUCGUCCCCAACCCGGUCUGCGACGAGGUUGGGUGUGGCCACUGGGCGCCACGCCAGAUCUCCAACCCAGAGUACCAAGGCAAGUACACUCCGCCGCAGAUCCCCAACCCGGCGUACAAGGGUCCGUGGAAGGCGCGCCAGAUCCCGAACCCGGCCUACUACGGCGUCGUCUCGGACGCCUUUACCGAGCUCGCUCCCAUUCAUGGCCUUGCCUUUGAGCUCUGGACCAUGUCGCCGGGUAUUGCCUUUGACAACGUCCUCGUCUCGACCUCCGAGGCCGACGCCGCCACUGCUCGCUCGCUCGGCUGGCGGCCCAAGUAUGACCGCCACGCCGAGCUCAUUCGACGCGAGCUCGAGAAGCGCAAGCCCAAGUUCACCGACCAGGCCUCUGACGCCAUGAACUACCUUCUCACCAUCGGCCUCGCCAACCCGCUCCUCGGCCUCGCCGUCGCCCUCGGCAUCGUCCUCCUCCCGCUCCUCCUCUGCUGCCUCUGCUGCGCCGGCUCCGAGACCCAGGAGUACGUCGUUGAGGAGUACUCGGACGAUGAGGCCGACGACGACGAUGACGACGGCAGCGAUGCCGAGCCGCUCCCAAAGGCCUCGGGCUCUGUCUCGCGUCGUGCUCGCCGCAAGGACUAA